AGUAGGUCUACCGUUACAGCUUGAUGAUUGUGGUGUAAGAUAGUUUGGUGGUAGGUUAUCACUGCCUGAUCUAUACAGACCGUAUCAACAUGUCGCAGGGGUUUGAGGAGAUAUUGAAGGGUGUUGGCGUUAUUGGCCGUAAACAAAUCGAGGUAUUUUUUCUUGUGAGUCUGGCUGAUGUCAUGACGUCAUGGACCAUUUUAAUACCAAUUUUCAUUGGUGCACAGCCCGAAUGGAUAUGCCCAUCUGAUUCAAAUGGCACAUCGUCAUGGAGCAAUGGAAGUCACCGUGAGGAUGCACACGACGACGUUUCGAAAAUUUUAGCGGGGAAUCUUUCAACAACAAAUAGCACCAAAAACAUGUGUUCAGCAGAUAACAAUAUUUGUUCUGGUAUAACGUAUACCUCCCCUUUUACAUCAAUGGUUACAGAGUGGAACCUUGUCUGUGAUUUGGAAUAUGUCAGCGACAUCAUCACAACAAUCCAAAUGGCUGGGUUAUUUUUUGGGGCCCUUGCUAUCAGCCAGUUGUCGGACAUGUUCGGCAGGAAGCCUGUUUGGUACGCAGCCCUUACUGUCAAUUCAAUCGUUGGCUUCGCUAGCGCAUUUGCACCUAGAUGGGAAGUGAUGGCGGCCAUGCGCUUUAUUAAUGGAAUGUGCGCUGGAGGUUUAUUGCUCGUUAGCUUUGCCUGGCCCCUGGAAUUUGUUGGUAUCAAAUGGAGAAUCUAUUUAAAUGUUUUAAACUUGUGGACACCUGGCAGCAUGCUUCUGCCGCUUUUGGCAUACUACAUUCGGGACUGGAAGACGUUACUGAUGGUGACCACGCCAUUUCCAACAGUGUUUGUGUGGUUUUUGUGGAAAUUUAUGCUGGAGAGUCCUCGUUGGCUUGCUAUGCAAGAAAGACUAGAGGAAGCUGAAGAAGUUCUAUCCAUUAUCGCAAAAGCAAAUGGAAAAUCACCUCCGAGCGUGGAAACACUCAAACAAUUCAUUGAGGAGGAGAAAAAGAAUGCGGCAAAAGCGAAAAAAUUCAGCUUCUGGGACUUGUUCAGAACCCCACAGCUGGCAAAACAUACCCUAGUCCUCAUGUUCCUCUGGUUUGUAUAUGGUGCAGCCUUUUAUGGGAUAUCUCUUAAUGUGAAAAAUCUUCCUGGUGACAAGUACUUAAAUUCGUUUCUCUUGGCAGCUGUUGAAAUACCUGCUCUAGCGGUUGCUCUUGUCUGUGGUAUUUGGCUUGGUCGUCGUGUCACCAUGUUCGGUACCUUGCUUAUUGGUGGACUUGCUAUAUUUUCUGUACUUUUUAUAGGUUUAGCAGGAAAAUUGGAAGAACUAAGUGUUUUGGUGACUUGUCUUUCUUUGUUGGGGAAGUGUGGCGUUAUGGCAGCCUGGAAUCUGGGGUACCUUGUUACCGGGGAAUUGUUUCCCACUGUCGUCAGGAGUAUUGGCGGAGGCGCUGCUUCCAUUGCGGGUAGGGCAGGUGGAGUUACGGCACCACAGUUUGCUUCAUUGGGACGGGUGUCCCGAGAACUGCCAUUCAUCGUAUUUGGUAGCCUGGCGGUGGUAGCUGCAUUCUUUGGCCUCCUAUUACCCGAAACAAAAAUGCGCCGCCUUCCUGAUUCUCUCCCUGAAUGGUCAUGGUGCUCCAGAAAACCAUACAUUGAGGAUGAGGUAACUUCCAGCGAUAAGGAAAACGACGAUAUGCAUGGAAAAAGCAAAGAAACGAUAUCGACAGAUCUUUAAAAAAUAAUUGGAUCUGCAUUGCGCACUAUAUUGCUGGAUUUGAUAGAAGCUUGUUGUUAAGUAAUGAAUUCUUAAUAUAUAUUUUAUAAAAGAUUGCAAAGUUCGUAGAAACCCAACAACAAGACCCAGAAGGUCGUAAAGGUGCUUGGUGCUUGAAAGACUUUUCCCUAAUCUUAAAAGCGCUUUUGUUUUAAGCCUGAAAUUCUACAUAUUUCAUACAUGUUUAUGUUUCUAUUAUAUCGAUAUUUUAAAGCCUUACUAAUAUACAUGUAUGCGUGUGUGUGUAGAGGGGGGGGGUGUAUAGCAAAUUAUUUCAUAUGUCUUUAUGGUCUCAAACCUCUCGAAAUACUUUUAAAUUGUAUUUUAUCUAAUGUAUAAGCCUAUGAUUUCGCUUGAGGGACGCCUGGUAUAAGCUGAGGAUGAGGUUGGAGAAUUGGAGAGCACCGAACGUUGUGAUUUUGAUAACGUUAAAAGCUAUCUAAUUUCAACAUUAUUUUAAUUAAUUCGUAACAAGCCUCCAUUGUUCUGAUAUGAAUUGAUCUGUCUAGUGAUGUUAGUCAACUUGAAGAAAUGUUUAACUGUUCAAUUUCUACACUACUGAAAAUGUACCUGUAAAAGCUUUCGCCCCAACACUUAGGACUUCAUAAGGCACACUAAAGCCAGGAGUGUAUAGUAAGCAUUCUAGUGAGCAGUUCUUGUAAUACUGCCCAGAUGCGAGACAAGUGUUGCCUCCCCCGUCCUUGCUCAGUAAGGGUCUCUUGGCCCUAGUGUAAAUAAACUCCUUCACCCCCCCCCCAUUGAACCCCAGGGCGUAUUCAUUAUAUACUGUCUCAUAAAUUUAGUGCGACUUUUAUUUCCUCAAUAUUGACUAUUCA